AUGACUAGCUUCAAAGGCCUUAAGAAGAAAACGUUGAACCGUCGCACGCAGUCGCUUGGUGCGUGUAAGACGUGCAGGAGGCGACAUGUAAAAUGCGACCAAACACGUCCACUGUGCAAAACAUGCAGGUUGGCCGAUGUGACCUGCGAUGGCUUCGGGUCCGCGAUACAAUGGAUUGGCUGUUCGGAGAAAAUGAGCUCAGAACUGGUGAGCGGGCUUGCAUCCCAGUCCAUCGACCACAACCUCGCUGAGAUCGACACUCAGUCAAGAGAUCUUGAGGAACACCCUGACGGUGAAAUAUCUAUCGGACCGUUUGCGGUAUUGAACCUCGUGGGCGACUCAGAGCCAUUGGCUAGUAAUAAAGACCUAGAGACUCGACUCCCUAUCGAAUCAGCUGUGGAGGAAGACCCACCGGUAACAGGUAGUGCACCGUUCGCUGAGCUAUCGGUCGGAGAAGAUGUCCUCGGAAGCCUAGACAACUACUUGCAAUGGGAGGACAUAUUCAAUCUUGACCCAGGCCCUGAAAGAUGGAUGCUAACACCUCCUCCUUCGGGCUAUGGCGUCAGUUCAACGAAUUUGAUGUCGCCAACUAGACCACAUAUACCAUUGCAUGGCACUCAAGACCCAUCCCCUCGACAUGAACUACCAAUGCUCCGGUGUACAAUGGGCAGCCCCGAUAUUCUAUCAGAGGCAAGGUUAUUGUUGAGCCACUUCCAUGAGCAUGUCGUGGCCCAAAUAGUCUGGGUGCCAAUGACGCAGAAGUCAAUUUGGACCAUUCUGCAUAUCCCAUCUGCAAUGAUAACCCUUGACCAGCUGACCUAUAUGAAACAGUUUGCUAUAAAGCAUGCCAAUCUUGCAAACCUCUAUGCCAUUCUUGCCUGUGCCUCGUAUCAUCUAGGGAUGAAUCCCCAUUAUGCUCCAGGCAAGCAGGGUGAAUACUGGGAGCACUUGACCAUGGUCGCCUAUGGUGAAGCGCAAGCUCAUAUGAACAAGUCACUUGAGUUGGAGUUCCAGGGGCCGCAGAAGGCCAAGUACAAAGAGCAGCUGAUGGCUGCGUUGGGCCUUGCGACUUAUUCUAUAUUGUCUCAAAAUCAUAAGGGUACCCGGUGCCAUCUCAUUAACAUGGAGUAUUUAAUCCGAUUACGAGGCUUAGUCAAACCAAAGCUAUCACGUCGAGCUCGGCUCCUUCAUUAUCAAUAUACCUGGAUCCGAAUACUGACCGAAAGUACCUUGGUCAUCCACAAUCAGAUUACACAUUCAGCUCCUUGCCUAGAUGAUUUCCUUCGCGUCGUUCCGACUGAUGGAGACAGCGAUCUAAACAUCGACGAUCCAAAAGACUCCCAAACCAUUCUCGGCGAUAUCCACCUCGUCGACUCACGAAACUUCCCCGAAGAACUACAUACAGCCGUCAACGGCGUCUCAGAGACAUGGUUGGGUCUUCUCUCGCAGACAACUCGUCUCGCAAAUGUGAUGGGCCAGCUACAUUCGGGAACCUGCACCAUGAGCGCAGAAAAGCACCUCGCUCUCCACCGACGAUCUCACUACCUCGAGAACAUGAUCUGCUCUUUCACCUCCCGGAAACCAGCCCCCCGGUCACUUGGAGAGCCCAAAGCGCACAUGUGGCAGGCUCUCAACUCCGCCCUGGCUAUCUAUUUCUAUAGGCGGGUCAGACAGCUAAACCCGUGUAUUCUGCAGGGCUAUGUUUCUCAAAUAAUUGAAGAGCUGCAUAAAUGGGAUGCUGCCCUUGCUCAACACGAAUUGGUGGGGCCUGGAACUGCAUGGCCUGCGUUUAUGGCUGGCUGUGAAGCCAUGGGUCACGCAGAGCGGGAGGCUAUUGUCCAGUGGUUGGAAAAGGCCAGGGAGCGGAGUGGAUUCGUUUCCUAUACCACUGCUCGGCAGAUCAUGGAGGAGGUUUGGAAGCGAAGGGAGCAGGGACUGAAAUGUGCACGGCCAGCACUGCCUGGCGGGCCGAUGUCCUUUAGUUGGAUGGACUAUUCGAGGCAGAAUUUGCAAUGGUUGCUUCUCUUUUAAUACAUUCCCGUAUUAUCAUAGCGAGUAUUAAUAUUAUUUUACAAGCAGAUUUGAUAAGCACCAGAUUAAUA